UUCGGUUUCUUUUAUAUUUGUACGCGUCGUUUAAUUGUGAUUGGCCGAUAUUUCGGUUUUAAGUAAAGUGACGGUUGCAGAAUGUUGGUCGAUGGCCUGGCCGGGGUAGGGGUCGACAUGACUGGUGCAAACUUAGAAAUCACGUUGAACAGUGUGCUUUCUCGAAUCCGAUGGCAACAGCAACCGCAACGACGACACCUGUCAAGUACCGCUUGGUUGAGGCUGAAGAGGUCGACCAGGGUAACCAGCAGCACCACCAGCAGACUUCUUCGUCCCACGACCAAGGCUCGUUCAAAAAGAACAAGCCGUUCAACAACGGUACGCUCGAUCCAAGUUGUCGCCAACUGGCUCAACGCGCAACCAACUGUGUAUUCUUUGGAUACUGUAGAUGCCAAGAACAAUGGAGCUCCAAGCGGUGCUCGUCGUGGUGGCGGCGGCGGUCGCGGCUGGAAGAAUGCUGGCGGACGCGGCGGCCGUGGCGGUCGUAACUUCGACUCGACCCAAGGCGCGUACGUGAACGGCGUGUUCGUCCCCACUACCGACGUGGCGGUCACGGCCGACUACGCCAAAACUCAAAUUGAGUUCUUCUUGUCCCCGGACAACCUCGUGCGCGAUACGUUUCUGCGCCAACACAUGGACGUGGACGGGUAUGUGCCUGUGGCGUUUGUCGGGAGCUUCCAAUCGGUGUACUCGAUCCACCAAGACUACCCGUCGCUCUUGGCGGCCAUGAAGACGUCGACGCUGCUCGAGUACGACGACAAGAAUGAAAAGGUGCGGCCCCAAGACUGGCAAAAGUGGCUCUGGCCCACGGCCGACGGCCAGUACGGCGUGCCUCGGUACAUCAAAGUACUUGACGACGCCGCCGCCGUCCAUGCCGAAUAAGUCGCCCGCCCGUCGCACGAACCACCCUCCCCCGAAUCCUUCUUUUUGUGUCCAUAAAAAUAUUAUUUUGCAUUUUUUUUCAACCUUGGCUUUGAUUGGUCAAUAUAUGGAACCGACGCACGCCAAAACGAUGGCCGCGAACGCGACCUGCAUUCAACGCCGCCACAUAACCAAUGGCCUGGCUAUGCGUGCCAAAGAAGCGGUCGCCGUUGCUGGUGGUG